UCUAACCCCAACCCUAACUAUUGCGUCGUUAGGAGUGGGCGGGAUUUCCUGCUGAAUUUAGCAUUUUGGCCUCUGUUGAAGGGCACUUGUUCUAUUCCGUUCAUAAGGGUGGUGUGUUUAAGGACCAGCAAAUUUCAAACAUGGGCGGACACGACUCCGGAACUCAACAUCAGUUUACUGGCUUUGCCAAGUACUUCAAUGCGUACACGAUCACAGGCAGGAGGAACUGCGUCUUGCUGACAUACGGCUGCAUAGCUGGCAUGGUCCUCCUCUUCAAGUUGAGGCCCAAAAAACAGGCUGCGGUCACGUCGCAUUGAUAUGUCGUCUCCUGACUGUUCUGUAGUACAGUGGCUGAGGUUUAGCGGCAGCUGGAUGUGCUCAUAAUAACACCAUAUUGUUUGGUAUCACAGUGUAUUUAACAAUAAAAAUGUAACUCACCA